CCUUAUUCUGCCUAUUCAACAUUCUCAUAACUUUCCGCUCACCAGUCACCGCAAUGUCUCUAGCAAUACCCCAGGCCUCCCAGUCGGGGCUAUUUAAGCCUGGCUACAGCAGCUAUGACGCCGAAGAUGGUGCCGUGAUUCGAAACAUCGAUGCAUGCAGAACGAUUGCCCAGACCGUUCAAACCUCACUUGGCCCAUACGGCCGGAACAAAAUUGUCAUCAACCAUCUCUCCAAGAUGAUCCUGACUUCCGACGCCGCUACAAUCCUCCGCGAACUCGAGGUGGUGCACCCCGCCGCAAAGUUACUCGUCAUGGCUAGUCAACAGCAAGAGGCGGAGAUGGGAGAUGGCACAAACAUGGUCAUUAUCCUGGCUGGAGAACUGCUUAAGAAAGCUGAAGAAUUAAUACGGAUGGGUCUUAAAACGAGCGAUAUUGUGUCUGGGUAUGAGAAGGCGCAGGCUUAUGCGCUGAAAUGUUUAGAAGACUUGGAAGUUGACGCCGUCUCCGAUGUUCGUUCCGCCGCCGAACUUAGCAAAGCCCUUCGCACAGUCGUUGCUUCCAAGCAAUCUGGCUCCGAGGACCUCAUUUCGCAGUUGAUUGCUCAGGCUGUACUGGCAGUCCUACCUAAAAAUCCGGCAAAUUUCAACGUCGACAAUAUCCGCGUGGUGAAAAUCAUGGGCGGAGACCUCUCCGCCUCCCAAGUCGUCAAGGGCAUGGUCUUCGGCCGCGAGCCUGAGGGGAUGGUGAAGCGGGCGAAGAAGGCAAAGGUCGCUGUGUACUCAUGCCCGAUUGACACCUCCCAAACCGAAACAAAGGGGACAGUUCUACUGAAAAAUGCCAAAGAAAUGAUGGCGUUCUCGAAAGGCGAGGAAGCGCAGCUCGAAAAUGCCAUCCGGGAAAUCUACGACACAGGUGUCCGCGUGUGCAUCGCAGGCGCAACCGUGGGAGAAUUAGCCAUGCACUACCUCAACCGGAUGGGCAUCCUCGUGGUCAAAAUCAUGUCGAAAUUCGAACUCCGACGCUUGUGCAGCGUGUGCAACGCCACUCCUCUGGCCCGCCUCGGACCGCCCAUGCCCGACGAAAUGGGCAGCAUCGACGUCGUGGAAACCACUGAAAUCGGCGGUGACAGAGUGACCGUCUUCCGCCAAGAGUCUGACACCGCAACAACACGUACGGCGACCAUCGUGCUGAGAGGCGCAACACAGAACCAUCUCGACGAUGUCGAGCGGGCGAUUGACGACGGCGUCAACGUCAUAAAAGCGGUCACAAAAGACCCUCGGCUUGUCCCGGGCGCGGGCGCGACGGAAAUGCAGCUGGUGGAGAGAAUCAGCCAUUUCGCAGACAAGACACCAGGCCUGCCGCAGUACGCCAUCAGGAAAUAUGCAGAGGCAUUCGAGGUGAUCCCGAGGACGUUGGCAGAGAGCGCCGGCCUGGACGCUACGGAAGUGGUAGCGAGGCUGUACACGGCGCAUCAACGCCGAGCAGGUUCCAGCGAGGAGGUGAAGCGCCGGAAACAAGCAAACGGCGAACAAGACGAAAGCGAUGACGAGGAUGAGGACGAAGAGAACGACGAUGACGACGAUUCCGGGGAAUCCGACGAGUCGGAAGAACCUUACUGGACAACUGGCAUCGACCUGGAAGUCAGCGACGCGUCCGGCGUGCUGGACGCCCUGGAAGAAGGCAUUCUGGACCUGAUGGUGACCAAGGCCUGGGCGAUCCGUCUGGCCACGGAGGCGGCGCGGACGGUUCUGAGUGUAGAUCAGAUCAUCGUCGCGAGGCAAGCCGGAGGGCCGAAGCCACCAGGGCCGAACCCGAACUGGGACGAGGAUUGAGGGAACAGAGAGCCUACAGCGGGCAAAAGGGAACGAAUGGUCUUGUGGGUUGAGUUUAUGAAGGAACAAAAAAAAAAGAGGAAACGAAGUCUACGCCAUGAACGAGCGUCGAAAGAACAGGAUCACAAAAGGCGUGCUUUUGCCUAGCCCGCCAAUGGCCCCGAAAGCCCACGACGUAUGUUCACGUCUCAAGCCGGAGCUGCCCUGAGCAACUACUCGAAAGACGGGAAUCCGCACCUGUAACUUGGACGAACGUUGUUGAGCGCGGUCACCGAGAGUCCAUUGAGCCUCUGAAUGUCUGCAUAGGUCAAGCAUCAAGCAGGCGCCUCAGUGUCCAACUGUGGUAGAGUGCCCUAAUGUCAGAUAAACUGGCGAGAGACGAAGUCGCUAUCUCCAGAGGGCACACCCAUAACGCGCGGGAAAUACCAAAUGGGCACUUUGAUGGAAUGAAUGGAGUAUGCGUGGCCAGAUCGUCCUCGAAGUCAAGUUCAGAUCACUCCUAGAGACAUGAACACAAAAUGAAUAGAGCAACCAUAGGCAAUUCGCCCGGUUCUCAGAUUGAUAUUGUUUGUGGACUCGCCCAUGAUAUACGUUGAUUUGGUGCCGUUGCUUCCGUUCAUGCUGUGCAGUCAUUUCAGCUGCGGUGUCAAGGCAGGAUAGACAUCUUGACGCACAAGAUAUUGACUGCACAGUACCAUGAGGGUCAUCCAAAUGAUUCAAGUGAAUAAUAUGGAUGGCUUCCGCUUCCAUCACAACCCCCAGCUGAGGACCAGUAGAUCACAGCAGGAUUAGAA